AUGUCUUGCGAGAGCCUCGAACUCCAGGACCAUGUGUCUCUCCUCUCACAUCGACCACACAUCCUCCUCAGCGCAAUGAUUACGAUCCCAAAUCCACCAGCAUCUCUCGAUACUGAAAUCGACACUCAAGGCUCAUCACUUGGGGAACUUGACAUAUUACCUACCGAGGUCUUAUUCUUCGUCCUACAAGCACUCGAUUUGAAGUCCAUCUCCCGAGUUUCUCGCGUUUCCCGUCGGGGCACUGUGAUCGUCAAGUCUCUUGCCGCAUAUCGAAAUUUACUCGACAAGGCGCCGGAAGCAUUAGCAGCCCUCAGCCAGACAAAGCUCUUGGGCGUCCAUUCCGUCUCUCAGCUUCAUGAUACCCUCCGGGCUGAUCGCUGUGCGACUUGUUCAGAGUACGGCACUUACCUUUUUCUUCCGACAUGCGAGAGGUGUUGUUGGGAGUGCCUGUGCAUCAAUCCGGCAUGGAGAGUGAUUUCUCCUGGGCAGGCUGCAAGAUACUUCGUGAUGCAUACCAUCCCCGGCCGUUACGGAAUUUUUGAGGAGAUCUCACGAAUAUCUCACAAGCUUGUGAGUGCGAGAAUGGCAAGGGACCUGGGGGUUUUGAAACACGGUUCUGCAGAAGAGAUGGCAAAAGCUGUGAAUCCGCACAAAACUGGACUGGCCCUGGUCACAGUAAGAUUCCUCCAACGCUCGACAACAGGUGCUCCCCGCCAGGACCCUUUGACUGUGCCAGAUCAGGGGAACGUCCCCAACGACUACUUCUUCGGCAUGGCAACUAUUCAUUUCCCCUCCAUUCCAGCACCAGAGAUUAUUGAGAAUGGACUUUGGUGCAGGGGAUGCGAACUCACGCUCAAAGAAUACACAGACACCUAUUCGGCGACGAGAGCCAUGUUGAGGAGAGUGCCUCGACCCUGUCCUCCUUGA